GUGUGCUCGUUGUCUACAUGCUCUUCUGAGCUUUAGGUCAAGUGUUACGUACGUUGUGGGUGCUUGUUAGGCUCCGCAGGCUCGUAGAGAGAAGAUGUCAAAGGCACUUCCCGACAAGAUCGGCUCACUGCUGUUCUGCAGUGCGUGCGGCAACCUGCUGGACCAAGCUUCUGACGAGGAUGUGAUCAAGUGUGCUGCGUGUGCAACGGCGCAGGAUGCAAGCGUUUAUGACAAUCUAACUAUAGUAACACGCUCUCACCCCACCGCUUUCCCCUCUGCUCUACGACAAAAAAGGCAGCUCGUCUCCACGCUCGGCGACCCCAGCGAAGCAGCCGAGCGCGAGAAAGCAGCCACUAUCAAUGAAAAGUGCCCCAAGUGCGGGCACGACGAGCUGCAAUUCCACACUCUUCAGUUGCGGAGUGCAGACGAAGGCAGCACCGUCUUCUACGAUUGUCCCAAGUGUGGACAUUCAUUCAGCCAGAACAAUUGACCUGCGCUGCGAAUAUGUCUUCCGUGAUUAUUUAGCCGCCCGAGCCGCGCUUUUGUAGAUGAAGACUGUACUUUUAAGAAUCUUUGCAAGCACGGGCGUUAUUUUGCG